AUGGCGCUCCCUGAGAAUAUUCUGAUUGUCGGAGGAGGGGUUUUCGGAUUGUCUACGGCCCAGUCCCUUUCCGAACGUCACCCAAACAGCAAAAUCACACUCCUCGAGGCGUCUCCCACAAUCCCCAACCCGCACGGCUCUUCCGUUGACACAUCCCGGAUUAUACGAGCCGACUACUCCAAUCCCACAUACUCAAAACUCGCAGCCCAAGCAACUGACCUCUGGCGCCGCACUGAAUGGGGCCAUGAGGGCCGAUACACCCAAAACGGCCUUCUGCUUGUCUACCCGGACGGAGACUCCACGGCGAAGGAGUACACAACGAAAUCCUACCACAACGUUACGGAACUCGGCGAGGAAGCCCAGCUCUUACCGACAAAGGCAGACGUUCUCCGUGCUGCUCCAGCAUACGGCGAAUCCCUCAAUGUCGCAGGCGGCUACGUGAACUGGAGCUCCGGCUGGGCAGAUGCAGAAGCAGGUGUGCGCUUCGCAAAGGAGAAGCUCGACAAGGAGGGCAAAGUCCACUUCGUGACAGGCGAAGUCUCCCGACUCCUCUUCUCCCCCAAGGACAACCGCACCGUAACCGGCGUCGUCCUCAACAACGACAAGAAAGAAGCCAUCACCGCCGACCUCGUCAUCCUCGCAACAGGCGCCUGGACAGCCUCCCUAAUCGACCUGCGUGGCCGCGCCGUUUCAACAGGUCAAGCAAUCGCCUACAUGCGCAUCUCAGACGAGGAGCAGCGCCUCCUCGAGAACAUGCCUACAAUCCUGAACUUCGCAACAGGCAUCUUCAUCAUUCCUCCGCGAAACAACCUCCUCAAAAUCGCCCGCCACGCUUACGGCUAUCAUAACCCCAAGGCCGUUACAGUGCCGAGCUCAACAACAUCCACCGGCGAGAAAAUGCAGGUCAGUCUCCCGGAGAAGGGCGUGCCCAUCCCGCUCGAGGGCGAAGCUGCUUUUAGAGUUGCCCUCAAACAACUCCUUCCCACCUUCGCCGAUAGACCGUUCGUCGAUACCCGUAUCUGCUGGUACACUGAUACCCCCAAAGGCGACUUCAUCGUAACCCCCCACCCAACAUAUCCGUCUCUCUUUCUCGCAACCGGCGGCAGCGGGCACGCAUACAAGUUCUUCCCCGUCAUCGGCGACAAAGUCGUUGACGCCCUGGAGGGCAAGCUCGACCCCGAGCUGCGCGAGUUAUGGCAGUGGCCGGAAGCUAUGGAUGAGGAUAACUUCGAGGGAACGGAGGACGGGAGUCGCUCGGGAAGUAAGCGGUUGGUGCUGAUGGAGGAGUUGGCGAAGUCGAAGAAGGAGCGGAGGGUAGGUGUGCUAUAG